CGGAAUUUUUUUUUUUUUUUUUAAUGCUUUAUUUACUGAUGAAAGCAACAGAUGUGUCACUGAAAUCCCCAUAAAGAAUCUGUCAACGACGUACAGUAAGGACCUGCCUUUUCUAUUCAGUCACUCGUCUCCUUGUUAAGUAGGGCCAGCCAAUUUAUUUUCAGUUUCCAUCCAAUUAGUCGUCCUGAAAACGAAGUAGAGAGUGUAUCCUGUUUAAAAAAUGGGGACCCUAUUUUCUACUCAGAAGGAUAACCACGAGAAAGAACUCCAAGCUGAAGAGGUAGAUGCAGCGUGUUUGAGAGAGAGUAAAAUGGAGAACUCAAGUAGCAUACAGGAAAUUUGUGAAGUAGAGGGUUCAAGCAGCAUCCAGACAGAUACAACUGUAAAAGAGAAAGACACAGAGAAAGACAGAGAAAAAAUGGAGGGUUCAAGCAGCAUCCACACAGGCACAGCUGUAAAAAAGAAAGACAUAUGCAACCAAACAGAGAUAAGAAGAUCAGUUGUGGAAGCAGAAGAUGUAGGCAUAAUACAGACAUUGGAAGAGGAAAAUGGAGAGGAAAGUCGAGAGAAAGAGAAAGGAGGAGUGACUGAGGAAGAAACAGAGUCUGGAACGAGUAGAUCAUCCGUGGAAGAUGACGCUGCAGUGAAAUUGCAGAAAGUAUACAGGAGCUACCGGACGAGGCGCAACCUUGCAGACUGUGCAGUUGUUGCCGAGGAACUUUGGUGGCAAGCAAUAGAGUAUGCAACACUUCAGAAAAAUACGGAAUCAUUUUACGAGGGUCAAAAACCAGAAACAGCUGGUGCACGGUGGUUACGUGCAAGAGUGAAGGCUGCAAAAGUGGGCAAGGGGUUAUCGAAGGAUGAAAAAGCUCGGCAAUUAGCCUUCCAGCACUGGCUUGAGGCUAUUGAUCCACGUCAUCGUUAUGGGCAUAAUCUGCAUUACUAUUAUGAUCACUGGUUUGACAAAAAAACAUCAGAACCAUUUUUUUACUGGCUUGAUGUGGGAGAAGGUAGGAACUUGAUUCUUGAGGACUGUCCAAGGGAAAGAUUACAAAAGCAACGGAUAAAAUACCUUGGCCCUAUAGAGAGGGAACAAUAUGAAGUCAUUUUGCAAAAUGGUAAACUUAUUCACAAGAAUAGUGGGCAGCCAGUGGACACCCCUGAAGGACAUAAAUGGAUAUUUGUAAUGAGUCCAUCUAAAAGGAUCUAUAUUUCAAAGAAGAUGAAAGGGACGUUUCAACAUUCUAGCUUCUUAGCAGGAGGAGCUACUUCAGCAGCUGGAAGAUUGACUGUAAAUGAUGGCAUUCUUAAGUCUAUAUCACCUUACAGUGGGCAUUACCAACCAACUGAAGAAAAUUUAGACAAGUUCACUAGUUUCCUUGUUGAAAACGGUGUUCAUAUGACUAGUGUGGAGAUGACAAGUUACGAGGAACAAUCAACUGAACUGGAAAGUUUUUCCAGAAAUGGGCAUGCAGCAAACUCAGAAGUAUGUAGGAAAGAGCAGUCGUCGUGCGAAAAUGGGGAAGAAAAUUCUGAAGGUACACAUGCAGUCAGUAAUGGUUCGCACACUGAUGUUAGUUUAAUACUCCAUAAUUGGGUGGAUGUAAGUGCAACAUCCAAAAGCAAUAAAAACAAGAGACUCCAAGAUCAUACAGUGAGCCUAGUUGCUGAGGGUAAGGAAGAAAUGGAAAAAUGUCCAGAUCUGCAAAAGAGUCAAGAUAAUGUUUAUUAUAAAAGAAGCCUUUCAAGCAAGGAAAUUGAAAAUCAACUUACAGAAAUCCCUCGUAAAAAAUUACUUGAAAAGCUUAGUUCUCAAAAAUCAUCAAAGUCAUUUCAGCUUGGAAAACGGUUAUCUCGUAAGUGGUCAACUGGAACUGGUCCUCGAAUAGGAUGUAUUGCAGAUCUUCCCCCAGAACUUCGAUUCCAGGCAUUACAGCAAGUAAAUUUAUCACCCAGAGUCAUGCGUCUAACUUCUCCAAAAGAUCACUCCUCAGAUUUGUAUCACUGUGGUUCGUCUCCUAGAGGUUCUAUGUAGGAAGUGAUCUAAUUAUCAGCUUGGCAACUGCUGCCAAUUAUGUUUGGUUUGAUUGAGUAUACACAACUUUAGUAUGAUAUAAGUACUAUUUUUAGUGUAAUUAUCAGGGUGAGUUUUGUAAGCUUUCUUUUAGUAUAAUAUGAUUUGAACUCAUUAAUAGCUUCAAAUAGGUUGUGUAAUGAUUGGCAGAAACUUACGUUAUUGAAUGAUAAUAUGCAUUUGCUUGUAGUGGAAGCUUGCC